AUGCGACGUGCAGGAUCAGAAUCUUGUUUCCUUUUCAAGAUUGGUAGUCCUGAAGUAAGCCAGAUUUACAAAGAUAUCAGUAUGACAGUGGAUAAUACCGAGGAAGCUGGCCAGAAACCUGAAGACAUUUUAGACCAAGGAAAGGACAAAGCAAGACUCUCCCUGGAAGAAAGACGAAAAUUAUUCCAGUCCAAAGGACUGAGUGCCGAAGAGUCACUGGUGUCCAUCUCCACAGAGGACACCUUAUUCCAGAAGGAGGAGGACUCCAAGGUGUACCCUUUGAGCAUGACCUGGUCCUUUGGAUGGAACAGUUCCCUCCCUGUCUACUACAUGCGGGAAGACAGGAGAAUCAUUCUCUACAUCUGUGCUCAUACCGCCGUCAUGUAUGACGUCUUCAGGAACACCCAGUACCAUCUGCAGGGACACCCUAACAUCAUCUCUUGCCUCUGCGUCAGUGAAGACAGGCGAUGGAUUGCCACCGCAGACGAAGGACCAGACUGCCUCAUAAUUAUAUGGGAUGCCUUCACGGGAAUCCCCGUGCACACCAUAUUUGACAGCUGUCCAGAAGGUAACGGCAUGAGGUCAAUAGCCAUCACCCGUGACUCCAAGUUUCUGGCCACCAUCUCAGAUUCUGCAACCCAGAAAGUUUGCAUCUGGAAGUGGACUUUGGCAGUGGAGACGCCCGCAUGCACACUUGAGCUUCCCAAAGAGUAUGGUUUCCAGGAGAACCUCAUCUUCAACCCAUUCAACAACAAAGAGAUGGUGAGCAACAGCAAGACUCAGGCCGUCUACUACUACUGGUUUGAAGACAAGGGUAUACUUGCUCACAGUGCCCCGGUUUUAACAGAGAAAACGUUCAACAAACUUGUGGGGAAAUUCAGCCAGUCUGUCUUUCACUUGAAGUUACCACAAGUACUGUCGGCAACAAAGGAAGGGAAGCUAGUCGUCUGGGACAUCCAUUAUCCAUCUUCCUCCUCCUCCUCCUCCUCCUCCUCCGCCGCCGUCUCAGCCUUCCCUUUCAUCAAGCCUCGUAAACUGGUCCAUUUACAGAAGGAGGCUAUCAUGGUGCUCAUGACAGUCGACAGCUACAUAGUCACCGGUGACAUUAAGGGCAACAUUAAGUUCUACGACCACACCCUCUCCGUGGUCAACUGGUAUAGUAACUUCAAACUGGGCGCCAUAAGGACCCUGUCCUUUUCAAAGACCACACCAAGCCCACCGACCGAGAAGUCCAACCUCCCCACAGACUGCACUCUAAGAGGCGACCUUUUCGUUGUCAGGAAUUUUAUCAUUGGGACGUUCGACGCCACCGUGUACCACAUGACCGUGGAUGGCACCAAACUGGAAAAGCUCUUCGUGGAACCCAGGGACGCUGUCCAUGCCAUCUCCUGCCACCCGUACCAACCCCUCAUUGCAGUCGGGAGUGUCUGUGGGAUGAUCAAGGUGUGGGACUUCGAGAAGAAGGUCUACCUGUUCAGCAGGACCUUCGAGAAGGGGCUCGGAGUCCAGUGUCUGACCUACAACCCCGAAGGAGCCCUGCUCGGAGCUGGAUUCACAGAAGGGACAGUUUAUAUUCUUGACGCGAUGUCUUUAGAAAAUGAAAGCCCGGAGCCCUUCAAAUAUUCCAAAAGCAGCGUGUCCCACUGCUGCUUCUCACACGACUCCAAUUACAUGGCGACGGCCGACGUCAACUUCACCGUGGCCGUCUAUGGAGUGGUGGUCAAAAAUGGACAAAGGGUCUGGGAGUAUUUGGCAAGACUUCGCUCUCACCAAAACAGCAUCCGAAGCCUCCUGUUCGGGGUCCACCUGGACAGCAAUGAGCCCAGGCUGCUGAGCCUUGGGAAGGACAGAUUCUUGAUCGAGUACAAUCUUGUCAAAAGCUGCAAAGACCACCUGGAUGUCCUGGACAUUCACCGGACAGACCAGGGCAACUACCCAACCUGCAUGAUCUGGUACCCACCGCUCACCAGGGAGCUCUUCCUGCUCAUCUGCAACAGCGGCUACAAAGUGAAGCUCUUCAAUGCCACCACGAAGAUGUGCAGAAAGACGCUCCUUGGACCGGCGUAUGGGUCGCCUAUCGAGCAUGCGCAGGUGCUCCCCGUCAAAUCCACGCUAGAGCUGCAGAAGCGAUACUUGGUGUUCAUUAACAAGGACAAGGUUGGACUCCAGAUCUUACCAGUUGACGGCAACCCCCACAAAACAUGUGCUAUCAUUUGCCACCCAAACGGGGUGGCUGGGAUGGCCCUUUCCUACGAUGGCCGCUUUGCCUUCACAGCCGGAGGCCAAGAUCGCUCAGUGGUGCAGUGGAAAAUUAACUUAGGGGCCCUGGAGGCAGCCGUUUCCCUCGGGGGUGAAGACUUGACCCCGUUCUAUGGUCUGGUGUCUGGUGGCCGGGAAGGAAAAUUCUACAGGGAGCUGGAGGACUAUUUUUACUACUCUCAGAUCCGCAGUCAAGGUAUCGAUACAAUGGAGACCAGGCAGGUGUCGGAACACAUUUGCCUGUCGGAGCUUCCUUUUGUCAUGAGAGCGAUCGGUUUUUACCCAUCGGAGGAGAAGAUUGAGGACAUGUUUAAUGAGAUCAAGUUCAGCGAGUACGUGGAGACCGGGAAGCUCAUUGACAAGAUUAACCUACCAGAUUUCCUCAAAGUUUACCUUAACCAUAGGCCACCUUUCGGCAAUACCAUGGACGGCAUUCAGAAUAGCUUCAACGUGCUUGGUUACACCAAUUCGGAAGGGAAAAAGGCUAUUCGGAGAGAGGACUUCCUGAACUUGCUCCUCACCAAAGGUGAGCACAUGACAGAAGAAGAGAUGUUUGACUGUUUCUCGACUCUGUUUGGCCUGACUCCGGAGGGGUGGAAAUCGGAGCCUGCAGCCACCAGCAUCAAAGGUCCAGAAAUCUGCCUCCAGAAAGAGCUUCCCGAGGAAAUCACUGCAGAAAUAUUCACGACAGAAAUUCUUGGCUUAGCCCUUUCCGACAGCUCGGAACAGCUCACUCAGUGACGUCAUUGGCGGUGCUGGCAGCACAAAGGGU